AUGAGUAGAAAAGAUGCUGAAAACGGUCAAAUUCGCACUUCAGCUGUACGAUUUUCCCCGCGACAAGCUGAAUCGAUAGCAGGACUAUGUGCAGGGUUCGCAACGACUGUAAUUACUCAUCCCUUGGAUGUAAUCAAGAUACGACUACAAUUAUCUCAUAAUGUGGCCACGAACACUAAACACAAACCUUUUCAAUCAGUACUUUCCGUUAUACGUCAAAUAAACCAAGACGCGAGAGCUCAAUCAAGACAACAACAAUCAACACCCGCCAAACUGACUUCAUUUUUACGCAACAACUCCAUUGGCGGUAACUAUUUAAUCCAGUAUUAUCGUGGCUUGGCUCCCAACUUGAUAGGAAACAUAUCGGCAUGGGGAUGUUAUUUCUCCCUCUAUGCCGAGUUCAAAACCCACGUACACACGUCCAACUUGACCAUCAACUAUUUCGCCAGUUCCGUUUUAGCUGGAAUCACAACGUCCAUCAUAACCAACCCCAUAUGGGUGCUCAAGACGAGAAUUAUAGCCAAAAGUAACUAUGAGCGUGGUGCUUAUAAGUCGAUUCUUGAUGGGAUACAAACAAUGGUUCGCAGUGAAGGUGUGGCUAGUUUUUGGAAAGGGUCGAUACCAAGCAUGGUUCAGGUGCUUCAAGCCAGUUUACAAAUCACAAUCUACGAUCAUUUGAAAAAUCACCUACGCCGAAGCGCCAAAGCCACAACCACGGCCACAACCACGGCCACAGCCACGACAACGGCUGGCUCUGGAUCUAGAGCUGGUGAUGAAUUCCGUCUAUCCACAACACAAUACUUGUACUCAUCAGCAGUGUCCAAGAUCCUCAGUACAUUGGUAAUGUAUCCCACACAAGUUGUCAAGUCGCGACUACAAAACAACAAUCAAUCACGACACACGACUAUAAUGCAAGUGGUUCGUAACUUGUAUCUUCAUGAAGGAGGCGUAACUGCAUUUUAUAAAGGGUUGAGUGCCAAUAUAGUGAGGGUUGUUCCGGCCACCUGCAUCACUUUUGUCGUUUAUGAACACGUAAAGCGGAAACUAAUAGAGGGUAUUUAA